AUGAAUCAGCCAAAGUUACAUAACGCUUUAGAUAUUAAAAAUGAUGUAACCAACACUUUAAAUUGCUGCAGUCCACCAAAUGAAAUGAACCUUUUACAAGUAAAUGGUAAAUGUAAUACACUGGAAACAGAUUCUUUUGGACAAUAUAACUCAAAUCAUAAACCUAAAAACAAAUCUAUUUCAUUAAUGAAUAAUUUAUACCCUUUGAAUAACACAGAGUUUCAAUCUUCUCAAAUUAAUCCCAAUCGAAAUAAUAACAAUUGUAAUAUAAACAAUUAUCUUAAUAUGUUCAAUUCUGAUAAUGACUAUUAUAAUAAUUCACAUUUUAUCCAUGAUGAUAUUAAUGAUAAUUUAAAAAAUUAUGAUACAAACAAGUUAGGUUUAAAAAUGAUCCCUAAAACUAUCCAUCAUUCUGAAUCUAAUAAAUUGUCAUCACCAUUAUUUGAGCAUAGACCAAAUCUAUUACCGACUGAUGGAAAUCAUUCUGGUAGAAUUGAAGAAAGUACAUUAAUGAAUACGAUUAAUGAUACUAAUGUAUCAUUCAUGCCCAAUCGACAUCAUGAAGAAGUACCUGAAAUGAAGAUGUCUGCAUUUAAUCAAAAUUCCAAUCUUACAGAAAGGUUAAGUCCGUAUGAUAAUACAGUUUUUGGCAGUUCAACAAUUAAAUAUAAUCCAAUUUCUAUCAAUCACACAAAUAUUGAUUGUUGUGAAGUGUAUAUAAAUGAAAGCUCACAAGAAGAAAAUAAUUUUCCAUUAGGUAUUAUUAAGAACAAAGAUAAUAAUACAAAACUUUGUACCAUAAAUUCAAAGUUAGAAAAUGAUUAG